AUGGAUCCACCAUGGGAGAAUCGAUCUGUAAAACGUCAGAAAAGCUACGUUAUGGAUGAUUCUGUUCUCUCCCAAAUCGAAAUGGAUAGCCUCGCUCCGAAUGGUUUGGUAGUGGUCUGGAUAACAAAUCGGAAAGGUUACGUAGUAAAUUGCCUAUGGUUAAGAAUUAGCAAUGGAGAACCGGUGUGCUCGUUUAGUGAAUUCCAUAAGGUCCCGUACGAAAGGUUCGUACUUGCUUCUCGUCCUCAAUCUGUCUCUCGUUAUACAUCAGUUUCCACGCUCGAUGGGAAAUUCCACUUCACUUUGCCAAUUUUUAGGUGUUUGGAGCUGUUUGCUCGAUCUCUGCUGCCGAAUACUGUGUCUGUGGGAUUUGAGCCACUACUUCUUCAGUCGUCAUCAUGCUUGGUUACCCGCGAAGCGAAAGUUCCGCAACUUAAGAAACCUUUAUCUUAA